UUUAAGAUGAGAGUGCUUUAUCUAUAAUCCCCGUUAGAGUAUUUUGUAGCUAAUUUGUAAAUCUAGGGAUUUAAGAUUGUUUUGUAGAAUAUGAAAAAUUUUUUUGUCUUGAUUUUUUCCCAAAUUUAACGGUUGUUCAUGAAGAUGACCCGGCACAAGAUGUCCCGAAUCAGCCUCGCGAUGUUGCCUCAUCUUCAACCUCGAAAAUUAUUGGUUCUGACGGUGCUUCGGUACAACAUCAAAGCACCCCUUUGUCCAACGUUGGUAGAGGUUAUGAUCAACACAUUGCCAAGGAAUCCGACAUUAUAGACCCUUUGGGUUCGACGAUGGUUGACGUGGAGGAUAUGGCGCCCAUUGAUGAUGAUAGUGAUGUGGAUGAUGAGUAUGUUGAUUAUGACGCUCUUCCUGCACACGCCCAUAACAGAGCAGUUGAAUAUUGGGACAUCGGUGAUGCACAUUAUUUAUGCGAGUUUUGCAAUUCCCUUUUUUGGUUUGAGGAACGUGUUGUUUCUAUAUCUUCUAAAAUUAAUCCUAAGUAUUCGUUGUGUUGCCGUCAGGGAAAUGUGGUUUUGCCUUUUAUGAAAGAACCACCCUCAUUCUUAUCUGAAUUGAUCCAUGGUGUUGAUGACCGUAGCAAACAUUUCAUUGAAAAUGUGAGAUCAUAUAACAGUAUGUUUGCGUUCACAUCAAUGGGUGGCAAAAUUGCCCACACUGUCAACAAAGGAAAGUCUCCACCAAUUUUUAAACUUCACGGGCAAAAUUAUCACCUGAUCGGUAGCCUGUUGCCUCCUGCUUGAUCAAAGCCUAAAUUCGCGCAGUUGUAUAUUUAUGACACGGAAAAUGAGAUUCAAAACAGAGUUGCAUCCGUUGG